AUGUCACGUCCAACUACUCCACAGUUCAAUGCCAUCACUAUACUCGACUUUACUUGUCACUACACUAUGCCAAAGGAGCUUGGUGAUGAACCAAAGAAGAGAAGUAAAGAAGUCAUUGUUACUCCCAGACCUUACUGUUCUCCUAAUUCAUCUGGCCUCAACUAUGAGCAGUAUUGUCGUCACUCUCUGAUGAAAUGCAAGCCAUUCAGAGAUAUCAAUGAACUCAAGUGUACCUAUGACACCUUUACAGAAGCCUAUGCUGAAUUCCUCCAGUCUGGAAAUGUUCCAAGAUCCCUAGAACAGGAUAUAUUCAGACUGCAGCAGCACCAGUCAUCAGCUGCUGUUGAAGAUGAAGGCACAUCCCAAGACGAACAGCAACAGAACCAGAAAAUAAGAGCUCAAGAGGAAUGUAUGUUGAUCAGUCCAAGAACUAGUGAACUUGAGCCAGUCAACACAACUGAGGAGGAGCAUGCUUGGGCAGAAGCUGCAAGAUCAUAUUCUGAUAUUGAUAAUGCUCCCAAUUUCAUUGCUCAGGGAAGACAGAAUACCACACCCACUCCAUUUACCACCUCUGCUACUCCAGACAAUCUUCAGGGAAGACAGUUGGAUGUGUACACCACUGUCAAACAGCACUUUGAGAGUAACUGUCAAGAACCACUUCACAUCAUCAUCAAUGGUACAGCUGGUACUGGUAAAUCAAACCUUAUCAACUGCUUGUGGUUGUUGUUGGGUGGUAGUGUCAGAGUAGCUGCACCAACAGGAGUGGCAUCUUUUAUUAUUGAAGGAAGGACACUCCAUAGUCUCCUGCACCUACCUGUGAGAGGUGACUUUAAGGAAAUGGAAGGAAGCAAUCUACAAAAGAUGCAAGAUGAAAUGUCAUCGACCAAGUACCUCAUCAUUGAUGAGAUGUCAAUGAUGGGAAGGAAGACCUUUGAUUUUGAACAGUUACCACCAGUAGUGGACCUUCCCAUUUAUACUACAGUCACACGAUCAGAUCUAUCAGACCAGGGGUAUAAAGCAUACAGUCAGUUUGAGACAGCAUUUACUUUAACCCAAGUAAUGAGGCAAUCUGGACAAGAUCCUGAUCAAAUCAGAUUUCGUGACAAUCUAAUGUGUCUCAGGAAUGGAGAUACAACAAUAGAAGUCUGGAACCACCUCAUGGAGCAAACACCAACUAGAGUACAGGACCAGUCUCCAUAUGUAAAUGCUCUUCAACCGUUCCCUACUGUUGAAGCUGUUGUUGAUCACAAUGUUGCUAUGUUACGUGAGUGUGGUCACCCAAUUGCUACCAUUAAGGCAGUACACACUGGAGCCAAUGCAGCCAAAGCUCCACCUGAUGAUGCUGGUGGCUUGGAACCAGUUGUGAUGCCAGCAAGAUCAGCAAAAGUGAUGCUAACUAGCAACUUGUGGGUUGAAGUGGGAUUAGUUGAUGGAGCAAUGGGAACAGUUGAAGCUAUCUGCUACAAGGAAAUCACACCUCCUGCUUUCCCAGUGGCUGCAAUGGUACAGUUUGAUCAUUACACUGGACCAACUGCGCAUGAUGGAACAGUACCAAUCACUCCAGUACGUCGUAAUUGGUCUUCUUCAGGUGGUCAAUGUUCACACCUUCAAGUACCACUCAAGCUGGCUUUGGCAGUGACGAUCCACAAAUCCCAGGGACUCACUCUAGACAAAGUAGUCAUCGAUGUAGGGAAGGAGUUCUGUGGUGAAUUGACAUUUGUCGCCUGCUCCAGAGUAAGGAAGUUGAAGGAUAUUCUGUUUAUGCCACCAUUUCCUCUCCAAUGA